AUGACAGACUACAUCAAGGAAAAAGCAAUUGCUGCUGAUUUUUCCUCAGUAGCAUUUCGAUUUGAUGAUUAUUUGGCCCGAAACUUUGAGUUUGGCGAAGCAGGGAAGCUUCAUUCCCUACAUGGACGCGAAUCGGGCUCCAAGAUGGGCAGUGUAGUCUGCAAACAUUGGCUCCGUGGUCUGUGCAAGAAGGGAGAGCAAUGUGACUUUUUGCAUGAGUAUAAUUUAAAGAAAAUGCCGCCCUGUCAUUUUUUCGCGGAGAGAGGAUGGUGUUCUAAUGGCGAGGAAUGUUUGUAUCUUCAUUUGGAUCCCAGUAAGCAGGUUGGUGUUUGUGCCUGGUAUAACAUGGGGUUUUGCCCAUUGGGCCCAGUCUGUCGAGGAAAACAUGUACGAAAAACGAAUAUAUGUGAGCGAUAUUUAUCCGGAUUUUGUCCUUCAGGUCCAAAUUGUCCUGACCCUCAUCCAAGACAUGUGGAUCCACCACAUCCUCCUCAAAGACGAAAAGAUUUUUGA